AUGCGCACUACGACAAGUCAUACUUUGGACGAGGAGUUCUCAGAUUUAAUGCUCCAGGAUCGACCACCUAAAAAUUUUGGAAAUGUUGAUAUGGCGCUCGGCGAGUUUGUGUCCUGCAAAACCCUAACGUCGGGCAAUCGAACCGUGGAGACGUACACCUACAAAACAGAACGCGAUGGUAUUAUUGAGACGCACGUCGAACAUCGUGUCACAAUCCAUUCCGAUGAGCCAAUCGACCACGACGCUGAACUAAGCCAAGCGAUCAUGGAAGCGACUCAAAUGAAUCCGGACAUGACCGUUCGAAAAGAUCGAAGUUCGUCAAGAGUCGACGGCAUAGGACAACGAUGA